AUGACUUUCAAAGUUGCCUUGUCAUUUGUUAACAAAUUGCGAGAAUUUGAAUCAGUUCUUCAAAGUCAGAAAACAAACAAUAUCAAAUCCCAAAGUAUAUUGCCAGAAUAUAAGACAUUUAAACAGAAAGAAUCAUUUAUUGAUAGUUUUUCCAGUGAAAAUAGUUUCUGCUUGAUGCAGUUAGGAUUUGAUUUUUCCACUACAUUUUCUUCUAAUAUCAUACAGGUGAGAAGUUGUAGUGAAGACUAUAUGGUAUAUAAGUUUGUAUAUGAAAUUAUUCAAACUAUAUUGUUACAGUCAGAAAAAAAUCCUAUAUUUCUCCAAUUUACUACUACGUUUUUAUCAUCUGUUCACCUUUUACAGCAACAGAAACAGCUGGUAUCUUAUUGUAUUUAUCCAAAGGAAUUCCAACACCUCAAGUUAUUACUGAAUCAAGAUUCAAAAACAAUCUGUUUGUCUAGUAUGUGUCAGCAAACAGAAACUAUUGUCAAUGAAAUAAAAUCAUUGGUUAUCAGUGAAAACAAUGUUACGAAAUUAGAUCUAAUGCUUUUACUGACACAACAUGUACAUUGGUAUUACAAUAUUAUUUGGAACAUUUUCAACAGUUCACAAAAGUUCAACGGUAUUUUAGUAGAGUAUUUAUUAUGGUUCCAUAAUAUUUAUACUGACAAUUUCAAGAGAAGAGUUGUAGAAUGCAUAGAGAAUAUGAAGUGUAUAUUAAAGAAAAAGAGUUUAAGAGAGAGUGAUAUAGAAUAUGGGGUAUAUGGUAUUGUUUCAAUAGAAGAAUUACUACCUUUAACUAAACAUCUCCUAUUCAUAUUGUUAUUACAAUCAGACUCUGGUUUUCUGCUGUCUAACCAGAUAUUUCAUAUGGCUAGAUGUGAUACUGAUCAAGAUAUAUUAAUGAUGUUUAUAUAUUUACAUGAUAUUCAUCCAAUCAAUAUUUCUGUCUGGUCAUCAACUAAAUUAAUAGCAUUCCAAAAUAUUUGUCAGACAUCCAGAUGUAAUAUAGAGAAAAAUCAACAGAUAGACAUUAAUCACCAUCACACCAUUCUUCAUAAAAGUGAAAACCUGUUUUCUUGA